AUGCCCAAACGAACAGCCAACAGUUUAGGAGCAAUUCUAUGCUCUAUUCUCUUCCUGACUUGGAUGGUCCCUUCGAUGGCGUUCUCGGACGAGCUUUAUCGACGAACGAGUACCCGCCAGGAUAUCACAGAGACAACCACAUCGGAUACCAGCACCACCUCAGAAUUCUCUUACGCUGCCGACGUUGAAUCUGCUCCGCUUCCCUCGAACAAUUCUUGGCUAUUCUCGCAAAACACAGAGGAAAUAGUCUACUUUGUAUACGCCUCAAAUCCCAGCAACAACAACAGCUCAAUCGACAACGACGACACGAUUGAACGCUUCAAUGUCACUUCCAUGGAAUUCUUGCCUACCAUUGUGCUGCCCGAGACACCAACAGCAUUCAAGGCAGACGAUGAACACUUGCUUGUUGGAUUUGGGUCUUUGGCGUACGAGUAUAACUUGGACGGGGAUGACGCGGUCCUCCUGUUUGUGGUCGAGGAGUUAAGUGAAGAUGGGCAGGAGCUGCAAAUUUCUGGUUUUGAAACACAUGACGACUUGAUCUUCAUCAACUACUCUGGGGGAUCUGUUGGCUAUUUUGCUUGUGUGGAUCGCGUCACCUUGGAAGUAGUUGACAAGUUUGAUGGAACUGGCAGCUGGGGUCGAACGGCUUUUCGGCCUCAUACUGCCAUAGACCGAGUCAAUAGAAGAAUCAUUGGUUGGGACCAGGGGUACAGCCCCCAAGACAUGAUUUCCCUCUCUUACUCGGCUGCAGGAAGCUUACUUGAAACCGAUGAUGGUCCAUAUCAUGGAAAUCUCGAUGGCGUGGAGGAUGCAAACGCCCUCUGGCUGUUUCGUUUCCGGACACUGGAGAGAGCACCCAGGGGUUCCGUGUCAUUGAUGACGCCGGAAACAGCCUUCUGA